CACGGGCAUCCAGCCAGAGCUGAGAUUAACAAGCACAACCAGCACGUUCGAGAGUACAGUCUAUCUGUUUCACCAUUCGCCAGCUUCCGGGAUAUAUUCUCCAUUGCAGUCGCCCCUUACUCUAUUUGAUCGCUCCCUCAAAAACUUCGCAAGUGCCAAUCUCGAAAUCCAAUACACCAUGAGCGAAAGCACUAGGCUGAAGAGCACGGUCUACGUGGGUGGUCUCGACCAGGCCGUGACGACGCAGACCUUGGCCGAAGCCUUUGUGCCCUUUGGAGAAGUCGUCGACAUCACUUUACCCAAGGCAGACGCACCCAACUCUGGCGACGCCCAUCGCGGCUUUGGAUAUGUCGAAUUCGAUCUUCCCCAGGAUGCCAAGGAAGCCAUCGACAACAUGGAUGGCAGUGAAAUUUAUGGGCGCACUAUCAAGGUCGCAGCCGCUAAACCCCAAAAGGAUGCGAACGAGGGUCUGGGCAGCAAGACCGCUAUCUGGGAGCAGGAGGGUUAUUUGGCCAAGUACGCUGUCGAUGAGGAGGACAGGCAAGCAGCCGAAGAGGCUCGACAGGCCAGUAAUCGGCCACAAGACCCGAUGCAAGGCCUAGAGCAACUCGACGUUGCAGGACCCAAGCCCGAAUGAACUACUUUAUUACGAUGGCCACGAUACAUAAUGAAAGACCACGAACAAUGAUACAAUUUGCCGAGAACAUCACGCUUGAGGGUUUACCCCCUCCGCUGGAAGAAGCCGGGCUAUGUACACACGCUCCGAUUCCAGAGCACGUCUUGAAUUUUUUUUGAGAUUCUCCUCGUUUUCUUACCGGAACUCAACCAGACUCAAACAAAUACAUGCGGCAAGCGGUCAUAAAGGGUGGGAUCACAUUCUCAGGAGCUCAGAUAAACAGGAUGGUACAUUUAGUGAUCGCGGCUCUCGGGGCUGUUGCGGUAGAGACGCAGGGUCUUGUCGGUCAUGAGCUUCUUGGUGCUCGAGUAGAUGGCAGCACCGACGGCAACGCUAGACAAUGGUUGUUAGCAUGGGAAAUGGUCCGAAUUCUCGACUCGGAGCGACGGGUGACAG